AUGGCUCCAGAGAACUGCACCACAGUGACUGGCUUCAUUUUCCGGGGAAUAACAGACAGCCCAAAGCUACAAAGCAUCCUCUUUGUGUUCUUCUUUGCCAUGUAUUUCUGCACACUGGUGGGGAAUGUCGGGAUGAUUGUGCUGAUUAGGGUUGACUCCCAACUCCACAGCCCCAUGUACUUUUUUCUCAGCAACUUGUCACUCUUAGAUGUUGUCUACUCCUCUGUAAUUGCCCCCAAGGCGAUGGUCAUUUCUCUAGUGAUGAGUAAAGACAUUACUUUCCCUGGAUGUGUGGUCCAGUUUUUCCUCUUCUCCUUCUGUGCCAACAAUGAGCUUUGCCUUCUGGCUGUGAUGGCCUACGAUCGCUUUGUGGCCAUCUGCAACCCAUUGCUUUAUAAUGUCAUCAUGUCCAAGAGAAUCUGCUUCCAGCUGGUGGCUGGCUCUUACCUGUGCGCCUGUAUCAAUGCCACUGUGCAUACGUGUACUGUAUUCAGUCUGUCCUUUGGCCACUCCAAUGUCCUUGAUCACUUCUUCUGUGAUAUUCGCCCACUCCAAGAAAUCUCCUGCUCUGACUUUCGUAUCAAUAAGCUAGUGCAUUUCAUCUUUGCAGCCAUAGAAACAAUAGGCACCAUUCUCAUCAUCCUCAUCUCCUACACUUACAUCAUCUUUGCCAUCCUGAGGAUCCGCUCCACGGCAGGAAGGCACAAGGCCUUCUCCACCUGCGCCUCCCACCUAACUGUCGUUUCCAUCUUAUAUGGGACCCUGAUCUUUACAUAUUUACGGCCCUCAUCUGGCAGCUCAGUGGAAUGGGAGAAAAUGGUGGCCGUGUUCUAUACCCUUGUGAUCCCCAUGAUGAACCCCCUGAUCUACAGCCUGAGGAACAAGGAGGUGAAAGACGCCCUGAGGCGGACAAUAUACCAGAAAAUUAUUCCUCGCUGGAAUGCAGAUAAGUCAUUAUCCUGA